AUGCAAAAGAUCAAGCAAAUUAGGAAUGAAUUUUUUAUUAACACUUCGUUUCCAGGAGUUGUGGGCUGCAUUGAUUGCACACAUAUUGCAAUUGUACCUCCUAACAACCAGAAUGCAGAAAUACCUGAGUAUAUUUAUGUAAACAGAAAAGGUUACCACUCAUUAAAUGUACAAUUGAUUUGUGAUUCUAAACUUUAUAUUUUGAGUGUGAAUGCAAAAUUUCCUGGCAGUACAGCAGACUCUCAUAUAUGGAAUUCAUCUACAGAUAUAAAAAAUAUCUUGGAGGAAUUGUAUAGACGUGAACACAAAGGCAUAUAUUUACUGGGAGAUUCAGGAUACGCCCUAAGACCUUGGCUUUUAACACCAUAUUCUGAAACAACAACUAACGAAGAAGAAAAAUACAACAAAAUGCAGAUGACAACACGAAGUAUAAUUGAGAGAUGUAAUGGUGUAUUAAAGGCUCGGUUCAGGUGUUUAUUGAAGCAUAGGGUAUUACACUAUACGCCGCAAAAAUCAGGGAAAAUUGUAAAUGCCUGUGUUAUUUUACACAAUAUGUGCAUAUUGGCUAAAAUUCCAGUUCCAGACAUGAAUGAUGAAAAUGUGGAAGAAAUUGAUUUUGGAAUUAUAAAUAAUAAUUAUCCUGAAGAUGGCAUUCGAGGAAGGAAUGUGAAUCCUGAAUUAGUUGAAAGUAGAAGAAUAAGAGACAAUAUAGCAAGAUGUUUGUACAAUAGGUAGUUUAGAACAGAAAACUUAUAUUUUGUAUAGCAUUAACAAUAUUAUAAAACUAUUAAGAUAAAAAAAAUAUCAUAAUUACCUAUUUGUAAGUAAUUUUAUA